AUGACGAAAUCCACGAAAUAUCUAACCAAACUGGCAGACCAGUUGGAGUCCAACGAGACGCUGAAACAAGAGGCGUUGAAGUCGCUGGGAUCUACGGUGUCUUUUGAAGUGGAGGACAAAAAAUCAGGCCCCACUUACUGGCUACUAGACGCAAAGAGUAAAGGAUCGCUGCAGCAGACAGAAACAUUGGCUGAGGAGGCAGACAUCAAGAUCAAAGUGGGGGACGUGCCGCUUAGACGGCUGAUCGACGGGAAAACAAGCGCGCAGAAACUGUUUAUGACGGGGAAACUGAAAAUCAAGGGCAACGUCAUGAAAGCCGCAAACGUGGAGAAGCUGCUCAAGUUUGUGGGGCCAGAGCGGGCCAAGCUGUGA